AUCAUCCCUGCAAUCCCAAAGCAACAGAUGUGUCCAAAAUAAACACAAACGUCCGCUUCAACCUCCGAGAGAUGCUGCACUGCUUUAACUACCCAUCGUCUUCCAACUCUUUCUGCAUCAAACUAGCAACAGAACAGAAAUAUGAAUUGAACAGAACAACCUGGGGAUGCCAGAUUUCCUAGGAACCUGUAGUAACACAAUACUCACGCACACGUGCGAUGAUGGAGUUGCAUAAGGGUAGAGAAACUGGGGAUCGGAAGAGGACAGCCCGCCUGAGAGUCGGCGGUGAUGGCGUUAGGAUUGAAGGGGUUCUUGUGUGGGGAGGGACUCUGGCGAUCGCAAGCUUGAUGGCCCUCUUCACGGUCAGAGCCAAGAAGAGGGUCUCGAGGCGGUGCCCCUGUGGACCCGAGAAGCGUAUGGUCGAGGCUGCUGAAGAAGGGGGAGGAGGAGAAGGUGAGGAGAAUGGAGGCCUUCGCAUCGUUCUUCAGGAUCAGAGUUCUCCCACGAGUCCUCUUACACCGCGUAACUCCUCAUGGUGCAUAGGCGGAAGUGAUGGUGGAUCGUCGAAGACGGAGUUAGCUCACUUGGACUGCUCUGAUUCUGCGUCAGGUCACAGUUCGACGUCGGAGGAAAAGCCUGCUAUCGAAAGGGAUGAGGAGAAAGUACCUCAUCAAGAGACUGUCUUUUCUGAUGGUGCAAAAACAGAGACCGUUGCGUCCUUCAGUGAUUAUUCCAUGGUCGAAGAUGGCUCGCCACCAGCUAUGCAAGAUCCUGCUCUAGCCACCGAUGACUGGAAUGAAAACACACAAAAUCAUCUGGAGAAGCAAAUUAUUCACGCAUCGAGUGAGGUUGACGCCUUUGAUCAUGCAGCUCAAGAAGAGCUGAUGGCAGAAGAGGAUGAAUCGGUGGAUUCUGGGGAGGAAGAAGAACAAGAUGGUGGUGAUGGCGGCGGCGGCGAUGAACAUGCAGAAGAAGUCGAGGGAAGCUCGGAAGAAUCAGGGGACUCGUGUCUUGAAUUAAACAAGGAGGCAAUAUGGCCCUUGGAAAUGAUCGAAAGGGCAGCGAAGACUAUUAUUGAGGAUCAGGUAGACACGACAAAGAUCAACAAGCAAGAGAACGAUUCCAUCAUCCAUGAAGAAGGGGAGGAAGAUAAUGUCGGAGAUGAUAGUGAAAACCCUGGAGACUUAACAGCUCUACCCAAACAUGGAUUGGAGGAGCCUUUCGCAGGGAUUCAUCAAACAGCACACUUCCUGAGGCCGCCGUCAAUCUGGAUUUGGUGUGUCCUGCUGCUGUUGAUUAUGCUGUCACUCCUAGUUCACAGUAGCCGCAUCAGGAGUUUUGCAAUGAACAGGUGAUCUCUCUGUCAAAUAAAGUUGUCACAGUCGCUGAUCAGUCGAGAGGAAUUGAGACUUUUAAUUCAAGCAUUCCGAUCUUUUGCUCUGUUUUAUCGAAUCUCCAAUAACUCUGGUAUAACUCAGUCCUGCUGAAUACUGAACUCGAUGCAGGACAAUAAUGUCAACAUUGGAUAAAUAUUACACAAUGGGAGGUUAAACAUGCGUGCACAUCUUCCGUUUACCUGGAGAAGAAACACCUGUAGUCUCAUCGCGACAGUACACAACUCACAACAGUUUUCAAACAUCGUUAUUCUCACGGCAAUCCAUUGUUUCAAUUUCCUCGGAGGCGUCCUCACAGAUGCAGCAGCACCUGUAAGCAUCCGACAAAGUUUCUCUCUUGUUUUCUUUUCCUUAGUAUUUUGGUGGGACAUAGUCAUCGUUUGCAGUCGAACAUGGGAUCUAUCUAGGAUUAUGCAUUUUAUUUGA